UGAUGGCAAUGUACGAUUGCGCCUACACCUUACUGUAAAGAUCUUGGUUUGUUUUUGUUCUGUCCCAGGAUUUACUAUUAGAGCCGCAUAUAGGUUAUUGCUAUGCGAAAGCGAAGCCGUUUUUCGACCCAAGUCCAGUCUCAUGAGUUUGCUGCACUCGAGUCUCGCCAUCCCUAUGGAGCUUUGCCAGGCGGAAAUCGCUUUCUCCAACAUGUUGUCAGUGACAAAUCGACCAAAAACAUUGGUCCUUCUGAUUUGUUGACGGACACGUGCUGGGAUAAUGUUUUGGGAUUUUGCGAUGGUGCCGAGCUCGGGAAGGUAGUUCAAACUUGUCGCUAUUUGUAUGUCGCGGGGUACCAGCCUGAGUUGUGGAGAGAUCUUGUCCUUCGAAAAUUGGGUACAAACCGGUUACAAGAAUUUCGUUCAAGUUGGAGGGACACUUUUGUUGCUCUGUAUUGCCCUUCCGCAAAAGAUUCUAGUCACGUACCGAUGAGAAUGCCGGGCAUCUAUUCAGACGUGUUCUACAGGCUGCAUUCGUGUAGGGCGUUUGCGUUACCCCUUGCAUGGAUGGAUGCUAAUUACGGAACCGUUCCUCGUAUCUCAAUUGAAGACAUGACCUCAAAGGUAUUCACCAACAAUUAUGAGGAACCCAACCAGCCAGUUUUGAUUACUAAGGCGGCCAAGAGUUGGAAGGCCUUCGAUAAAUGGCAGGAUUUGGGCUAUCUUCUGAACGAAACGAAAGGGAGCUCGUUUCGCGCCACUAGUGGAUUGGCCCCGCUUCCUGUGGACUUUAGCUUAAAGGCUUAUUUGGAUUACGCGACGUUGGAGAACCUCGAAGAGGCGCCACUCUAUCUCUUUGAUCGGACUGCCCUUCAGCCGGGCUCGCACCUUUGGAACGACUACAUGGCGGACCUCCGAGUGACAUGCCCUUGGUGGGACCCGAAGUCGAACGAAAAUGAACACGACCUCUUCAAGGUUCUCGGUGAAGGUCAACGGCCGGAUCACACUUGGUUGAUCAUUGGUCCGCGACGUAGCGGGUCUGUCUUUCACAUUGAUCCAAACGGGACGCAUGCUUGGAAUGCAGCCAUUGUCGGCCGGAAGCGAUGGAUUUUUUAUCCGCCUGGGGCGACUCCACCAGGAGUGUAUCCUUCAGAAGAUGGGGACGAAGUGGCAUUACCACUGUCUCUCGGAGAAUGGCUUUUUCAAUUCUGGGAUGAACAUGUUGAACGAAUGCAAUCGGCGCCGCCGCACGAACGUCCACUGGAAUGUACUGCAAUGCCGGGAGACGUAAUGUUUGUUCCCCACGGAUGGUGGCAUGCAGUCAUCAAUCUUGACAAAAUUAAUGUGGCAAUUACACACAACUACGUGUCCGGGAGUAAUCUUGGGAACGUGCUCAGAUUUUUGAGUAAAAAGGAAAAUCAGAUUAGUGGUUGCCGUGACAGGUUGGAAAGUAUUAAACCGGAUCGGCUGUACCACGAAUUUGUCACUAGCCUCGAUAAGUAUCGGCAUGACCUUCUGCAGCGAGGUUUAUCCCAAAAAGAUUGGACUUGUCAAGCUUGGCGGAAUACAACCACCAAUGAGAUCAAACGAAGCGGUCGAAAGCGUCGUAAAGCAGAAGUCGCCAAAUCGGAACGAAAUAUAACGGAGAAGGCGAGCCUUAUGGCCAGAGCCAAAACAAAGGAGCCUUCUUUCAGCUUUUCCUUUCUUUAG